AUGGUGGAUCAUGUUUGUUCUACUGGUAGAACAGCGCUUUGGUAUGCAUGUAAAAAUGGUGAUCUCAAUCUGGCGAGACAGCUCAUUGAACGUGGUCAUGCGCAUAUCUCAAAGUGUGGAGUUUUGAUAGUUGCUGCUCAAAAUGGUCACGCAAACAUUGUUGAAUAUCUCUUAAGUAUGGGUUGUGAUCCAAAUCGACAGGCUAGAAACUACAAUAAGACAGCCUUACAUGCAGCUUCUCGUCGUAAUCAUCUUGCUAUACUCAAUUUACUUCUCAAACAUGGCGCUAAUUCAGCUGCACUCGAUUAUAAAAAAAGAACUCCUCUUGAAUAUGCCAUUCACAAAAGACACAUCGAAAUUGCCAAAGCACUUAUUUAUCAUCAAAAUGGACAUUUUGACAAAAAUCAAUUUGGUUUCACACCAUUAAUGAUGGCUAUGAACUUUAAUAAAACACAAAUAGUAGAUAUACUGAUGGAUACAUUACCUCGACAGCAAGUUCUCAAUGAAUUAGCACUCUUGGCUUGUAAAUAUACAAUUGAGGGUUAUGCGAGCAGACAACACCAAGCUUAUUCCUAUUUUGAAAACCUGUUGAGUAUGACGACACCAGUGUGUAAUAAUGCAACUUGUGAAGCAUAUGAGUCUUUUAGCGAAUGUCGGACACUCAAUGAACUAGCUGCCAUAAGUCACGAUAAUAAUGCAAUGCGAAUGCAUGUCCUACUCGUCAGCGAACGGCUUUCACUAACAAGUAGUGAUCUUGCUUUUCAUCUACGAUUAAUUGCCAAACAAAGUGACGUCUACAGACGUCGUCGUCUCUUACAUCGUUGUCUUCAAUUACGAUUGCAUGCUUAUAAAUUGGAAAGUCAGAUAAGACACAAUAAUUGCCAUGAUCUUACAUAUUUACAAGAUCAAUUUUUUGUUCAUAACAGCGAAUUUACAGGUGAAGGUUUUAUUGAUGGUUAG